UUCAGAGGUAACCUUCAUAACAGUGAGGUGACUGUUGGGUUAGCAGCACCGCUUUGGAACAGCUGGAUCCUUCAGGCCCUGUCUCUGCCACAGAUCAGGAUGGAGGCUCAUGCAGAAAAAAACAGUUGUGGGACAAUUUGCCUGAAAUAUCUCCUCUUUUUGUUCAAUAUUCUCUUCUUGCUGGCUGGAGGAGCAGUUUUGGCAGUGGGUGUGUGGACACUGGUGGAGAAGAGCGACUACAUCAGUUUACUCAGCUCCAGCUUGUACUCUAUCUCUGCAUACCUCCUCAUCGCUGCUGGCACCAUUGUCAUCCUCACUGGUCUGAUUGGAUGCUGUGCUACACUUAAAGAGAUCAAAAGUCUUCUGAUCGUGUACCUGGUGCUAUUAUUAGCCAUAUUUCUUCUGGAAAUUAUUGCUGGAAUCCUUGCCUUUAUUAACUACCAAGAGUGUUUCCCUUUCUGCCACCAGUUGGACGAGGAGCUCCAACAGAACCUGAAGCAGACCAUGCAGCAGAAGUAUCAUCAGCCGGGAGAAGACAGCGUCACCCAGGCCGUGGACAGGCUGCAUCAAGAGUUCAAGUGCUGUGGCAGUAACAGCUCAGCAGACUGGGCAGAGAGUCUGUGGAUUCAGGACAGCAGUAAUGAGCGCUUGGUUCCUGACAGCUGUUGUAAAACUCCUGGAGAUCUGUGUGGACGCAGAGACCACCCAUCCAACAUCUACAGAGUGGAGGGCGGGUGUAUACAGAAGCUGGAGAUGUUUAUCCUGAAGCAGCUUUAUGUUUUGGGGGCUUUGAGCAUCACCAUCGCAUCUCUGCAGCUCUUGGGGAUGCUGUUCACCUGCUGCUUAUAUAGGAGUUUAAAAGAGGACCCAUACUGACAAACUCAAAUACAUUUCAAGGCCAGAUGUGACUGAUACAACAGAAUUACAUGAGGAGACGAUGAUUUGACUAUAGAAACUGUAAAGCUAAAGCCUUUCAUGUGCUGCUGGACAGCAGUGUUAUGUCACUUUGUGCAUGAUUUUACAAAUCACUUUGUUCAUGCAUACCCAAAUCAAGAAUUGAAUUUAUUUUCUUUAAUACU